UCCCGCUGUCCACUUCCUAUUCAAGGUGCGGCAAAGCAACAGGUGCGCAAGGUGACAUCGUCGGCCAUACAAGAACCGCCAUUACAUUUUUUAUAACUUGCAUUUUGAAAGAACUGGAAUUUUUCUAACAAAUUUUAACAUACAAGCCUUUUGGGGUUUCACCCCCCCCAACCCUUCUAUUUAGACCAGUGAGGAAUACUAUUGAGCAGGUGGCGGUUUCCUACCUAGUUUUGUAGUCAAGUCGUCGUCGAAGAGGAAGAAGAGAAAAUGGCCAACUCCGGGUUGCAGAUGUUGGGCUUUGUCCUGUCACUUCUGGGCUUGAUAGGCUUGAUAGUGGGCACAAUUCUGCCCCAGUGGAAGAUGUCGUCCUAUGCCGGGGACAACAUCAUCACGGCAAUAGCCAUGUAUGAAGGCCUUUGGAUGUCCUGUGCUUUCCAAAGCACUGGCCAGAUCCAAUGCAAAGUCUAUGACUCCAUCCUCCAGCUCAACAGUGCACUCCAGGCAACACGCGCCCUCAUGAUUGUGAGCAUUAUCGUAACGGUGGCCGGCUUGGGUGCGGCCUGCAUGGGGAUGAAAUGCACCAACUGUGGUGGAGAUGACAAAACGCGCAAGUCUCGCAUUGCAAUGACUGGUGGCAUUAUCUUGCUGAUUGGAGCUUUGUGCUCCAUUAUUGCCUGCUCUUGGUACGCUCAUGACAUCAUCCAAGCUUUCUACAACCCGUUCACGCCAGUCAAUACAAAGUAUGAGUUUGGGUCGGCCGUCUUCAUUGCCUGGGCUGGAGCCUUCUUGGUUGCAAUCGGAGGUGGCAUGCUGGCAGCUUCUUGCCCGAGAGGCAAACCUACACCAAAGUAUCCCAUCUCCAGACCUCCUAGCAGCACUAAGGAGUAUGUUUGAGCAGGAUAAGGAUCCCUUCAAAAAGCAGCAUAAUUAAUCUCGGAAAUAGUCAAGACAAGUUGUACCUGUGUAUUGGUUUAUUCAGGGCAAUUUUGAAAUGUUACUGUAACUUUAUAACCAACACGUUCAAGUUGCUAGCUACUCAAGAAAGUACACCAACUUUGUACUUUCUGAAAAGAUGCGGUCAAAUCUUACUUGUAUUUUAACACUUGAGCGUUCAAGUUUUCAUGAAAUCUAAAGCACAUUCUCCUAUUGACCAUGCUUAAAAAUAGAGACCAUGUUAUGCUGUGUACUGUCACUGUUGCUUGGUGUUAGUGAGAGGCAGAAAAGAGGAAACAUUUAAAAUCUUUGACAAUAUUCAUGCCGAAUGCCCACAAGUCUUAGUGUCUGGCACCUGAGAAGUGAGAUUUAUAAAUUUCCCUUUAUUUGUGCCUUUUAUUUAUAUGAAGACAAAUAAUUCUGUACCACAGUUGACUGCUUCAAUCAAGUGCCAGAGUAAAAUGCUUAAUUUACGAGAUUUUUAUUCCCUAGCAAGAUUGCCAAUGUUUUCAAUUUUACCUGCGUCAGUGAAGGUGUUCAAUAAUUGUGUAUGUUAAUGGCUUAUACUUGUAUUCAUUUUUAGUUAUGGAUGUUGCAUUUUUUUUUAAUUUGUGAUAACGACUAUGUUGUACAUAAACUGGAAAUACAAAUUUAA